CAUACUACAACAGGUUAGGUAUUUCAUGAGAAAGUCCUCUAAGGCAACACCAUAUGCCCGUCUCCCUGUCGAUCCCAUGACACAUCUGAUUGCCUUCCCCCUUAAUCAUACAUCUAGCCAACGAUUUCUUACAUAUUCUUUCUUCUAUAUAUAUUCAUGUCUGCAAGGAUUUAGCACAACAAAAAUCAUUCACAUCUUCUUUACAUAUUCAUGUCUGCAAGGAUUUAGAGUUAAAAAAUUUCCAUCUUCUUUACAAGUCUUAUUUGACACUCUCUUCACAAGUUUCAACACAUACAACAAUGGGUUUUCGUUUACCUGGAAUCCGGAAGACAUCAUUUUCUGCAAACAAAUUGGCAUCUCCAAAAGUCAUGGAUGUGCCGAAGGGCUACGUUGCAGUCUAUGUUGGAGAGAAAAUGAGGCGGUUUGUGAUUCCUGUAUCAUACUUGAACCAACCUUCAUUCCAGGACUUGUUAAGUCAAGCUGAGGAAGAUUUUGGAUAUCAUCAUCCAAUGGGCGGCCUCUCAAUUCCAUGCAGUGAAGAUGUAUUCCAGCAUAUAACUUCUUGCUUGAAUUGACAACAAAGCUCACACUAGGAGACUGACAUAGAUUAAUUAAGACAUUUUGUACAAUAGGGUGUUGUCAACUUGUAAAGAUAUUCCUUUUCUCGAGAAAGAGGGAAAAGAAACAUUAUAGAAUGACAAAAGUUACAGUAUUUCAAUUUUUUUUGUUUUUUGUGUGGUGACAAUGUAUUCAACUACUCAAGCAAAUCCUGUGUUUUCUGUUAUUUGUUACAAUGUUAACUUCACCCUGUCUUGUGUGGCAUUCUCAU